CAGCUAUAUACAGAUCUUUUGUUUUGUUGUAUAAAAAACAAAGCGUAAUUUGUGGAAAAGCGGGCAAGGAUUAUUUACAACGAGGACGACGGAGGAUACUUCCGGCGUGUGAUGCUUUAAUGCUAAAGUCGAUUAGUGGAGGCGUUGGCGUGGCAUCCACGGAAAGAGGUGGUGGUGGUGGAGGAGGUGGAGGUGGAGGAGCAGGUGGAAGCGCGUCUGGAAGCAGGAGCACCAGCGGAAGUGGGCGUGCCAGUUGUGGGCUGGGCUCCAGUUCGAUUUCCAGUGGGUUGAGUGCUGUGUGCGGAUUUGUGACUGGCGGAGGAGGAGGAGGUGGAAGCUCUGACCGCGAUCGGGACAGAGGGCUGGCCAAUAGCAGUGGAGGGAGCACUCCUGCCGGGAUUCUCUAUUGCCCCGCCUGUGUGGCAGCUGCCAAUCAGCAAAAUCCCAGCCAGAACUCCAGUCCCCAACACGAGGGCUUCUUUUCGCGAAGCUCAUCCAAAUCGAGCAAACGGAACAAGGCCAGAAAGAGCGCCUCUACCGCCGGCUGCUUGGACGCCCAGCACAUCCGGGCGAACCUUCGGAUGUCCAUGUCCAGUUCGAUGAGGAGUACUCGAGGACAUGGGGGAGGUGGAUCAGCCUCCUCCUCGCAUCCUCCAGGUAGUAGCUGUAGUAGCGGAGCUGGAGGAUCUGGAUGCGUAAUGGCAUACGACGUGGCUAGCAAUGCCAGCAGUGGCAGUGGCAGUGGUAGUGGAAAGGCGGCUUCGCCGGGGAGUUACAGCUGCAAUGCUCUCAACGUGGACUUCACAUCCUACACAGCCACUCAUCAAUGGACUAGGAUGCUCGAGUGCGCCGAGUUCGUGGGAGCAAAGCGAAGCAAGCACACGGUGGUGGCCUACAAGGAUGCGAUGUUCGUGUUCGGCGGUGACAACGGAAAGAACAUGCUGAACGACUUAAUUCGCUUCGGCGUCAAGGACAAGUCCUGGGGCCGAGCAUGUGCCACAGGAACUCCGCCAGCUCCGCGGUACCAUCACUCGGCAGUGGUGGCCGGCAGCUCGAUGUUCAUCUUUGGAGGCUACACCGGGGAUAUCCACUCAAAUUCGAACUUGACCAACAAGAACGAUCUUUUCGAGUAUAAGUUUCAAAGCGCCAUGUGGGUGGAAUGGAAGUUUUCUGGACGCCAGCCGGUACCUCGAUCCGCGCACGGAGCAGCAGUUUACGACAAUAAGAUGUGGAUCUAUGCGGGCUACGAUGGUAAUGCCCGUCUAAACGAUAUGUGGACGCUGAACCUCACAGGGGAGAAUCACCAGUGGGAGGAGGUGGACCAGCUGGGCGAUCGUCCGCCAACCUGCUGCAAUUUCCCCGUUGCGGUGGCCAGAGACGCCAUGUACGUCUUUUCCGGACAAAGUGGUUUGCAGAUAACCAACUCGCUCUUUGAGUUCCACUUUAAGACGCGCACCUGGAGGCGCAUUUCCAAUGAGCCCGUCUUGCGGGGCGCUACCUCAGCUCCGCCCUCACGAAGAUAUGGCCACACGAUGGUGCACCACGAUCGGUUCUUGUAUGUCUUCGGCGGAUCCGCGGAUUCCACGCUGCCAAACGAUCUGCACUGCUACGACCUGGACUCACAAGUGUGGUCCGUCAUUCUGCCGGAACAGAACUCGGACGUGCCCUCGGGUAGGGUUUUCCACGCCUCGGCCGUCAUCUGCGAUGCCAUGUAUAUUUUCGGCGGAACCGUAGACAAUAGCGUGAGGAGAGGCGACACUUAUCGCUUCCAGUUCUCCUCGUAUCCGAAGUGCACGCUGCGCGACGACUUCGGUAAGUUCUUCCAGGACAAACAGUUCUGCGACAUCCAAUUUAUAGUUGGAGCUGAGGAGAUUCGCAUCCUGGCGCACAUUGCCUUUGUGGCGGCGCGUUCGAAGUAUCUGAGGAACAAAAUAUUGGCUGCCCGGGAGGCACGCCAGCAGCAAAUGGAGAAGGUUUACGGGGUGGGCCAGGUGGAUGCAUUGGUACUGAAUACAGGCGCGGGCGGGGACCGCGGACCAAUGCUGGAGGUGCGACUGGCCCGAGCCUCCCCCGAAGCCUUCGACAUCAUUCUUAACUACAUAUACACCGAUCGCAUCGACCUGAAAGACACGUACAGCAAGAAUAUCAUCAUUCUGAUCACGGAUAUCUACCAACUGGCUGGCUUGUUCACCAUGCCGCGGCUGGCCCACGGCUGUAUCCAGUAUUUGGACUACAAGAUCAACAAGCUCAAUGUGUUGGAGGCGCUCUACAAUGCGGACAAGAACAACAUUAAGAUUAUCAAAGAUCACUGCAUGCAGUUCAUCAUCAAGGAAGAGAACUUCACCGAGGUGGUCAUGUCCAGUGAGUUCAGUGACCUGGACAAGCCUCUUCUGGUAGAGAUCAUCCGCAAGCGUCUGCAUCCCAGCAAGCUCGUGAUGGACACCAGCUAUGAGGCCAAUAUAGGAACCACUUUGGAGAUUGAUCUGUGCGCCUUCUUGGAGUCCACUGGCACCGAUUUUUGCGACAUAAGCCUCGUACUGGAGGAUCAUGUGAUACCGGCCCACAAGUCGGUGUUGUCAUCACGUUGUACCUACUUCCAGGGCAUGUUCCGAUCUUUUAUGCCACCGGACAACACAGUCAACAUCCAAAUUGGUGAAAUUUCACCCUCGCUCGAGGCGUUCCACUCUCUGCUGCGGUACAUUUACUACGGAGAGACGAAGAUGCCGCCGCAGGAUGCACUUUAUCUGUUCCAGGCGCCGUGCUUCUACGGAUUGGCCAACAAUCGGCUCCACGCUUUCUGUAAAUACUCACUAGAGCACAACAUCACGUUCGAGAAUGUGCUGCAGACGUUGGAGGCAUCGGACAUCACCAAAAUCUAUGACAUUAAGGAGUACGCCCUCAAGCUGAUCGUCAAAGAUUUUGCUAAGGUUGCGAGGCUGCCGAAGAUUGACGGUUUGUCGCGCGAACUGUUGCUGGAGAUCAUACGCGCUGUGGCCGAUUCGCACGGCGAGUUUCUCACGCGGAUUAAUAUCAAUACAGAUAUCUGAAAACUGGUGCUGCUCCAGCCGGCAUUGCAGUUGUUGCUCGCCUGGUUGCAAAUCGGACGUAGCACGUAGUGCGGCAGUAGCGGUUGGCAGCGCCGAACGACAUAACCCAUUCAUUUUUAACCGAUCCAUCCCACACAUCCAUCGUUCACCCCUGCACUUGGUCAGCGAUCCUCUAUAGCUCCAGAUGCCCUAACACGGUCCCUCUACAAAGGCUGCACGACUAAGAAAGAGAGAGAGAAAGCGGGAGGAGAACCAAAUGUAUUCCUAUUGUUCUUGUAAACUGGUAACAGAUGAUGGCUCUCGGGCACGAAGCAGCUUGUGCAGCUGAUCUACCGUAUAAAACCUUAUAUAUGUAACCCCUCAAUGCACACUAGUAUUAACCGCGAAUGCACCUCCACUCCAAUAAGUACGCUUGUACGAAAGGUCAAACAUAUAGUUGGACUUCUCUGUUUCGAGCCCAUGCAAGAGUUUUGUUAAGGCAUUCGAACCAGCACCCAGACUCUACAGUUCAAGACAGUUUUAGCUUACUUACCAUUCAAGAGGUUCGACUACAACAUUCGUCUAUCCAAAGCUGGCUGACGAAACCUAAAAUGAAGAUGAAGAAGCGCGCCUUUACUCUAACUCGAUGAAACUAAAUACAUAUUACGUAUAUGUUUGUUAACUUAUGAAUCAAAUGGCCUUGCAAAGAUGAACUAAACUGAGGAAUAUUAAUCAGUCUGCAUGCGUAAAAUCUAGUUUAUUUGCUUAUACUUAAAAACUGUUUUCAAAGUACCUUUCCGUAUGCCGAAGCGGGGUAUAUCGGAUGACCUUUUUGCAAGGGUCCUUGUAGUCUCGGCAGUCCGAGGGUCUUCCUUUCAUAUACUCCUACCCAAGUACAACUUACUAGCUGAUAAGGAUCCAAAUCUAAUCGUUUGUACUCAUAUUUAUCUAUCUAUGUAUGUGAAAGCCGUAAGCUGAAUGUUCUAUGCUAAGGAACCCUUGACCUGGAACCACCUCAUCCCUCAUCCAUGUGGAAAGUCACCUCGUAAUGAGAAGGAACUCAAAGUUAACGUUUUUGCCAAAUUUGGAUGCGAUUUUUUGAUUAGCGUUUAUACUUUCGCCCCCAAUGAUUGCCCCGAAAGUUCUUUCGACUUCGAAUACAUAGUAUAUAUAAUAUAUAGUAUAUCUUAUUUUCCGAAAUUGUGAUAAAUCAGUUCUUUUCUAUGAUUGUAUUGUGACUACUCUUAAGCAAUAUUUUAUAAUUUUGAGCAUUAUUUGGAAUAUUUUCGUUAUAGUUUCGUUUUUGUUGCCGCAUGACGAGAAUCCAGAAUAAACAAUAUUAUUAUUAUGAUAAAUGUA